AUGAAUACCUACCUAUCUUCAGGUAGUGCUAAUGAAGAUGUUCUUGAAGCAUCUUUUCAAAUUAGUUACCGUAUUGGCAAAAGUUGUAAAAAUCACACCAUCGGAGAAAAUUUGAUUUUGCCAAGCAUUAAAGAAGCAGUUUCUUGUAUGUUCGAAAAAGACUAUGUCAAUAAAAUAAAUGCUAUCCUGCUAUCAAAUGACACUGUCAGCCGUAGAAUCAAAGAUAUUUCUAAUGACAUUGAGGAGACACUACGAAAAGGCAUCAAUGAUAGUCAAUUAUUUUCAAUUCAAGUUGAUGAAAGUACUGAUGUUGCACAAUUAGCUGUUUUGUUAGUGAUUUCAAGGUAUUUGAAAGAAAAUGAAAGCGUAGAAGGGCUUUUGCUUUGCCAUCCUAUUACUGAAUUCACAACAGGUGCAGAUAUUUUCCAUGCUAUUAACUCUUACUUCAUCGAAAAGAGAAUAAUGUAG